AUGAGCGGUUACGGUUAUCAAGGCGGUCCACCGCCUGGCGACCAGUACAAUCAGUACGGACAGUACGGCGACCAAGGCCAAGGCUACAACUACCACCAACAACAAGGUCACCCACCCCAAGGUCCAGGGCAAGGCUACGACCAAAGCUACAAUCAAGGAUACAACCAAGGCUACCAGAAUCCUGCUCCAGGCUCUGCUGCGGGCUACUAUGGCGGCGGCCAACCAGAAUACCAACAGUAUCCUCCUCAGCAGCAGCAACAGCAGUAUGGCCAACAGCCAUACGGUCAACAGCCCCCGGCUUACGGCCAAUAUCAGCAACAGCAGCAACAGCCUUACGGAGGACAGUAUCCUCAGGACAAGGCACCGCAAAGCUAUGGUGGCUACCCUCCAGCUCAGGGUUAUCCCAACCAGUCUGCCGGCCCAAUUGGUCCUCCAGGAAUGAACCCUCCUCAGGAAGGAGAUCGAGGAAUCAUGGGGGCAUUGGCCGGCGGAGCGGCAGGUGGCUUCGGUGGCCACCAAAUGGGCCAUGGUGUGCUCGGUACUCUCGGAGGCGCCAUCGGUGGCUCCAUGCUCGAAGAUGCCUACAAGAAGAAGGGCAAGGGAGGCAAGCAAGGCAAGAAGCAUAAGCAGAAGCAGGGCAAGCGCCGUGGCUCCAGCUCCUCAAGCAGCAGCUCUUCUUCAUCUUCCUCGUCCGACUCUGACCACCACAAGAAGAAAGGUACGGUUCCUCCUGGGACCUUCCGUGCCAGCUCUCGAGACAUACAUCUCGAGGGCACGGCGACGUUGGUCUGCGAUUGCGCUGACACGCAUGGUCACCAUCGCAGGUCAUUAUUAGAUCUCGACCACCAUCUGAGCAAUCAGAACGGCAGACUGAGGUGGAAAGGUCAUGGUGGGUUUGUGGCCAGUGCAAGGCACAUCCGCCUGGCAAAUGACGGGAAGCGGUUGGAAGCUGAGUUGAAAGAUGAUGAAGGUCAUUGGCAGCAGACUUGGAUCUCUUUGAAUAAGAAGAUUACGAACGAGGACAGCAAGCUGGUAUUGCUAUGA